UUAAAAAUCCGUACUCUGCCGCAGCAUGUCCCAAAAGCCCCCAAACCAAAGGCAGUCAAGUCAACUCAAGCAUCAUGGUUGAUAUGGAGGAAGGUUUUAAUGUUAUGGAAAAGGAGCACAAGAUUGACAUGAUAUCUGAAUUGCCCGACACUCUUCUACAACAAAUUUUGUGUUUCCUUCCCACUAAACAAGUUGUUCAAUCCGGUAUGUUGUCCAGAAGAUGGAAACAUGUUUGGCAUACAAUCCCAGUUCUAGAAUUUGAUCGAUCAUGUUUUGAGCCGAAGUUGUGGUGUCGGGACAGCAAGAAAACUCGCCAAAUCCAGAGAAAGAGAGUGGAGUUAUAUCAUUGCGUGGAGCAAAAUUUAUUAAGCCACUGUAGACAAGGUCUCAAAAUAAACAAGUUUACACUUUUUAUGAAAUUGACUACACGAAAAUCAGUGUCACGUCUGGACCGUUGGAUUGACUAUGCAGUUAAGGGAGACAUCGAAGAGCUGAAUCUUGAAUUUUACAGAAGUUUAAGCAAGAGGUAUAUUUUGCCUCAAAGGGUUCUACUUGCAAAAUCAAUAACUGUGUUGACAUUACGUGGGUGUAGGUUAGAGUCACUUUAUUGUGAUAUAAACUUAUCGUCUCUGAAAAAGUUGUCUUUAUCAGAAGUGCACACAAAUGAUCAAAUUAUCCACAAUCUAGUUGCUGGGUGUCCUCUCAUAGAAGACAUGAGAUUAGAAUCUUGUUAUGGGAUGAAAAAUAUACACUUUUCUGCACUUUCUAAACUCAAGGCAAUCAUGUUGAGAUACAAUAUACUUGAGAAGGUGGAGUUGGAAGCGUCAAAUCUUUAUGAUGCAUAUAUAGAAGAGAAUAAAGCAUGCGUGAUCAACCUGAUCCAUUGUAAAAAUUUGAAGAAAUUAGAAUUAUAUACAGAGUGCAUGACAGAUGAGUGGUUCCAUUACCACAUCUCUCAACUUGCACACAUUGAGAAGUUGAUUAUUCAUUGCAAUAUGUUGGGAAAAAUUAAGAUUUCAAGUCAGAGUCUUAAGGCAUUAUUCUUAGUUGAAUGCGACAAGUUGGUUGAAGUCAAGAUUGACACUCCUAAGUUAUGUCUUCUCUCAUAUUGUGGUCAUAGCAAAAUAUCAUUUUCAUUGAAUGCUUCGGUUUAUUUGUCAGAAGCUUCCUACCAGAUGGUGAGGCCCGUUGAUCAUUGGGAUGUUCAAAAGAUUGAAUUGCUUUCAAAGCUAAGUAAUUCCAAAUUAUUGUAUUUGACAGGUUUUUACGUUGCCAAGGAUGUGGUUGUACCAAAAGAAUUAAGAGACACCCUACCAUCCCCAUCAUAUAAUGUGAAGCAAUUAAAGGUAGUAAUUUCCCAGCCAUGGAAUGGACAUGAAAUUGACAGACUUGUGGAUAGCUUGCUUUGGAUUUCUCCCCUUCCAGAGAUUUUAGUAAUAACUUAUUGGAUCAACGUAAAACCCUGGAAGGACACCGCAUCUUUCAAGUUUUCCUAUAGAAAGCCUAUUCUUGAUGAGGAGAAUCCUAGUUGCUGCAAACUUCUUCCAUUUCCAUGUUGGAGGCACUGCUUAAAGACUGUCACAAUUGAGAACUUCAGAGUAUAUGCGGAUGAAGAGACUCUAAAGUCAGAAAAAGAAACCUUAGAGAAGUAUUUUUAUGAGAAUGCAAAAUUCUUGGAGAGCUUCCAGUUCCUUGGUGGAGGUUUUGAUUAA